CGGUCAGAGAAGAGCUCCGUGACUAGAGCCGGCCCCGGGCUAGGAAAACAGGAUGGGGCGGCCGGGGGUGUGCAGCCUGCUCUGGGUUACUGCUGUACUGCUCAGUCAGAGAGUCACCUAUGGAUUUCAGUGUUUGGAUUCUUACAGACCGUGUCAAAAUGGAGCCCGAUGUACAAUGUAUUCAAAUGGAGAGGCUGUCUGCCUAUGUCUCAAUGGUUGGAUUGGAGAGUUCUGCCAGUUUAAAGAUCCCUGUUUGCCAACGACUUGUGUUAAUGGAGGAGCUUGCCAAAGCUCCAUCCGGAGUGGCACUGUGCAGUAUGAGUGCAGUUGUGCCAAAGGUUUUAGAGGACAAGACUGUUCUCUUAUUGAUGCGUGUGCCAAUAACCCCUGUGAGAAUGGAGCCCGCUGUAGCAAUUGGAAUGGACGUUACAAUUGUACUUGCCCACCAGGAUAUCAGGGGCGCAGCUGUCGGGUGGAUAUAGAUGAAUGUCGUACUCCUGGGCUCUGCCAGAAUGGGGGACAGUGUCAAAAUACCCCUGGCUCAUUCCGGUGCCGUUGUCCUAGUGGUUACACAGGGCAAUUUUGUGAGGCGGUCUAUGUGCCCUGUGCACCUUCACAGUGUCUGAAUGGGGGCACAUGCAGACAGACCGGGGAUCUUACAUAUCAGUGUGCAUGUUUGCCAGGUUUUGAAGGUGUAAACUGUGAGAUAAACGUAGAUGAUUGCCCAGGCCACAAAUGUAUGAAUGGUGGUACAUGUGUAGAUGGUGUGAACACCUACAACUGCCAGUGUGCCCCAGAAUGGACAGGCCAGUUCUGUACAGAUGAUGUAGAUGAGUGCCAACUCCAACCCAAUGCUUGCCACAAUGGAGGAACAUGUUUCAACAUCCAGGGCGGGCACUCCUGUGUGUGUGUUAAUGGCUGGACAGGAGAGAGCUGCAGUGAGAAUAUUGAUGACUGCGCCACUGCUGUCUGUUUCAAUGGUGCCACCUGCCAUGAUCGUGUAGCAUCUUUCUUUUGCGAAUGCCCAAUGGGAAAGACUGGUCUUCUGUGUCAUUUAGAGGAUGCCUGUGUUAGUAAUCCCUGCCACAAAGAUGCCAUGUGCGACACUAACCCAGUCAGUGGACGGGCAAUCUGCACUUGUCCUCCGGGUUUUACAGGAGGGGCCUGUGACCAGGAUGUAGAUGAAUGCUCUAUAGGUGCCAAUCCUUGUGAACACUUUGGCCGCUGUGUGAAUACCCAAGGCUCCUUCCAGUGUCAGUGUGGCCGGGGAUACACAGGGCCACGCUGUGAAACUGAUGUCAAUGAAUGUCUGUCCACCCCGUGUCAGAAUGAUGCUACCUGCCUCGAUCGUAUAGGAGAGUUUACCUGCAUCUGCAUGGCUGGUUUUAGUGGUACAUUCUGCGAAGUGAAUGUCAAUGAGUGUGAGAGCAGCCCAUGUGUUAAUGGGGGAGUCUGUAAGGAUGUGGUUAAUGGAUUUACAUGCAGCUGCCCAACUGGGUUUACGGGCUCCAUGUGUCAGAUUGAUAUAGACGAAUGUGCCAGUACUCCAUGCAAGAAUGGUGCAAAGUGUGUGGACAGACCCAAUGGGUACGAGUGUCGAUGUGCUGAGGGUUUUGAAGGUUCCCUUUGUGAGCGUAACAUUAACGACUGCUCUCCAGAUCCUUGUCACCAUGGUAAGUGCCAUGAUGGCAUUGCCAGUUUCACCUGCACCUGUGACCCAGGCUAUACAGGCUAUCGAUGUGAGAAUCAGAUCAAUGAGUGCUACAGCAAUCCGUGUCUGCAUGGAGGAAAGUGCAUCGAUAUUGUGAACAAGUACUUGUGUUAUUGCCAGGCCGGAACCUCAGGAGUAAACUGUGAACACAAUUAUGAUGACUGUGCCAGCAACCCAUGCGACUAUGGAGAAUGUAAAGAUGGCAUCAACAGAUAUGAUUGUGUCUGCAAACCAGGAUUCACAGGUCCUCUCUGUAACAUUGAGGUGUCCCCUUGUGCAUCCAACCCUUGCCGUGCAGGAGGCACCUGCCAGACUUUCCAUAAUGGCUUUCGAUGCCUCUGUCCAGAGGGGGGUGGACCGCGAGACUCUUAUUGCACUCCCAUCCAGGACCAUGAUAAAGCAGCUUGCACAGCAGGUUGUGUGCAUGGAGUUUGUCGCAAAGCCACUGAUGGGUAUCUGUGUGACUGCCAGCCAGGUUGGACUGGUAAAAUGUGUGAACGAAGGAGCACUGAUGGCUGUUCUACCAACCCCUGCCUGAAUGGAGGAACUUGCACAGAGCGAUCUGGGGGACCUGUCUGCCGCUGCCGGAAUGGAUUCCGUGGUACAAAUUGUCAGAUCAGCAUCAACAAAUGUGCUUCUGCUCCAUGUCUGAAUGGUGGUAUCUGCGUAGAUGGUGUUGCAGGGUUCAGCUGCCUAUGUACCCUUCCAUAUACAGGUCAGACAUGUGAGACUCUCCUGGACCCGUGCGCCCCAGAACCUUGUCAAAAUGGGGGUAUCUGCUCGCCCACCUCGGAUUAUCAGGACUACACCUGUAAAUGCGGUACUGGUUGGGAAGGUGACUCAUGUGGCAUUGAUAUAGAUGAAUGUAUGCGGAGCCCAUGCCAGCAUGGUGGGAUCUGUACCAACAGGCUAGGUGGUUAUAGUUGUGCGUGCCCAUCAGGAUUCACUGGGCCAAACUGUGAGAUGGACAUUGAUGACUGUGUCCCCAAUCCUUGCCUCAAUGGAGGUUCCUGUAAUGAUGGAAUUAGUUCUUUCUCCUGUACCUGCCUUCAUGGAUUCACGGGCUCCCGAUGCACUAAUGAGAUUAAUGAGUGUUUAAGUAACCCAUGUCGUAAUGGGGCCACCUGCAUGGACUAUGUUAACAGCUAUGUUUGUACCUGUGCUCCUGGAUACACUGGGCCCAUCUGUGAAACAAACAUCCAAGACUGUACAGACAGUUCUUGUUUCAAUGGCGGGACAUGUGUGGAUGGGAUCAACACAUACACAUGCAAGUGUCGUUCUGGCUUUACUGGCUCUCACUGCCAGCAUGAAGUAGAUGAAUGUGCAUCGCGGCCAUGCCAGAACGGCGCAGUGUGUGUGGAUAGGGUGGAGUCUUACCGGUGCGUUUGCCCCUAUGGAUACACUGGAGCACAGUGCCAGAAUCUUCUAGACCUGUGCAAGCUUUCACCAUGCAAGAAUGGAGGACGCUGUACCCAAGUGGGCCCUACUUUCCGAUGUGAGUGUGAUCAAGGAUGGACUGGGAGUUACUGUGAUGUUCCACGUGUGUCAUGUGAGGUGGCAGCUGCCAGGAGAGGUGCACGUGGAGACCAACUUUGCCUGUCAGGAGGUACAUGCAUUAAUACUGGCAGUUCUCACAAAUGCUUCUGCAGAGGAGGCUACACAGGAAGCUACUGUGAGACUCCUAUCAACCAGUGUGACCCAGAUCCUUGUCGUAACGGAGGAGUAUGCCACAGCUUUCUGGGAGGCUACACCUGCGAGUGCCCAGUAGGAUAUGAUGGAAAGAAUUGUGAAUAUGAUAUUGAUGAAUGUCAAUCCCACCCCUGUCAGAAUGGAGGUUCUUGCAUUGACCUCAUAGGUCGUUAUAUUUGCUCCUGCCCUCCAGGGACCCUGGGUGUCCUUUGUGAAAUAAAUGAGGAUGACUGCUCCUCCUUCUCCAGCAGUGGGCCUCCCAAAUGCUUGAAUAAUGGAACAUGUGUUGACAAGGUGGGCGGCUACCGCUGCAACUGUCCCCCUGGUUACACAGGUGAAAGGUGUGAGGGAGAUAUCAAUGAAUGCCUUUCUGGACCCUGCCACCCACAUAACACCCGAGACUGCGUGCAGCUGGCCAAUGACUACCAGUGUAUUUGUCGGAAUGGUUAUACAGGCCGCCGCUGUCAGAGUGUGGUGAACACGUGUGAAUCUCGCCCAUGUCAAAAUGGGGGAAUCUGCCGUGUGACUGUUAACACACCCCUUGGAUACACCUGUCAUUGUCCCAUGGGUUAUACCGGACCUUCAUGUGAACGUUCACUCCUCUCCUGCCGUGACAUCACCUGCCCCUCUAGUUCCACUUGUAUUUCUUCCCCAUUAGGUCCUCGCUGCAUCUGUCCUCCUGGUAUCAACUGUAACCAAUCUCCCAAUGCCACCUUCCCUCCCCAAUUUGCACCAUCGCCACCUCCCUUUCAUUCACCUUGUUCCCAUUCCCCUUGCCGUAAUGGAGCAACAUGCCUCCCAUCAUCACAUUUCCCUUACUUCAGUUGCCAGUGUCCACCGAAUCUGGCAGGACCACGUUGUGAUUCAAGACUCUUUUUGCCAGCAACCACUACACCAACUCCACAAUGUAAUCCACCACAGUGUCGUGGAAAGGCAGGAGAUGGUCAUUGUGACAGGGAGUGCAAUGUGGCUGCCUGUCAAUGGGAUGGCUGGGACUGUACCUUAAAUGUGGACGAUCCAUGGAAACGAUGCCAUAAUCCACAGUGUCGUGAGCUUUUCAACAAUUCUCUGUGUGACAAGGAUUGUCUCUCUGCCCAGUGUCUAUAUGAUAACUUUGACUGUCGGGAGAGAGAAGUUUGCAACCCUGUGUAUGAGCAAUAUUGCGUGGAUCACUAUGGCGAUGGUCGAUGUGACCAGGGAUGUAACUCAGGGGAAUGUGGCUGGGAUGGCCUUGAUUGUGCUGGAGGUCCAGAAGGAGAAGUCCUGGCAAGUGGAGUGUUGGUAGUUGUGGUUUUGCUUCCCCCUGAGGAGCUGUUAAAACAGAGCACUGCUUUCCUACAGAGACUUAGCGCCAUCCUACGCACAGCUUUGCGCUUCCGCAAGGACAGUGAGGGGAAAUAUAUGAUUUACCCCUAUCGGAAGGAUCAAGCCGCAAAGAUACGAGCAAAAAGGGAACUUGAUGACGAUGUAAUCGGAUCCAGUGUAUCCCUGGAAAUUGAUAACCGACUAUGUGUGAAGGAGAUAGGAGGAUGUUUUCCAGAUGCAGAGAGCGCUGCAGAUUACAUUGCUGCCUUGAAUGGACUAGAAAGACUGAACUUCCCUUAUCCACUGACAUCUGUGCGUGGUGAAAAAUUGGAAGUAAAUCCCCCAAAACCACUUGACCUCCUACCUCUAAUUGGGGUAGCUGGUCUUCUGGUCCUAGUCGUGGUGGUUCUGGGGGUCCUGGUAUCUCGCAGGAAGAGAGCUCACAGUACGUUGUGGUUCCCAGAAGGCUUUAUACUGAAGAAGGAAAGAGACCGCAGAGAGCCUGUUGGACAGGAUUCUGUGGGUGUUGGUCUAAAGAACAUGGCUAAAGCAGAACGUCUCAUGGAAGACCCGUCUGAAGACUGGACAGCGACUGAAUGUCCAGAAGCUAAGAGAUUAAAGACAGAGGAGCUUUCCCCAUGCCGACAGGAUCCUGUAGACCCCCGCCCUUGGACUCAACACCACUUGGCAGCUGCUGACAUCAGACUACCCCCAGCAACUGCCCUCACUCCUCCACAGGGUGAUUAUGAGAGCGAUGGGAUGGAUGUUAACGUAAGAGGGCCUGAUGGAUUCACUCCACUCAUGCUUGCCUCCUUUUUGGGAGGUGGUCUUGAGCCGGAGUCCCAAGACGAUGAGGAGGAGGGAGAAGUUUCUGCAAUUUCAGACUUGAUUUGCCAAGGUGCAUCACUUGGUGCACAGACUGACCGCACAGGUGAGACCGCACUGCACCUUGCUGCUCGUUAUGCCCGGGCUGAUGCCGCUAAGAGACUGCUGGAUGCCGGUGCAGACCCCAAUGCACAGGAUCACACAGGCCGUACCCCACUACAUGCUGCUGUGGCUUCAGAUGCACAAGGAGUAUUCCAGAUUCUGAUCAGAAACCGGUCCACAGAUCUUGAUGCUCGUAUGGGUGAUGGUUCCACAGCUUUGAUAUUAGCUGCCCGAUUGGCUGUGGAAGGAAUGGUAGAGGAGCUGGUAGCCUGCCAUGCUGAUGUCAACUCUGUAGAUGAACUUGGUAAAUCUGCUUUGCACUGGGCUGCUGCUGUCAAUAACAUAGAGGCCACACUGGCUCUGCUGAAGAAUGGUGCAAAUAAAGACAUGCAGGACAGCAAGGAGGAAACACCAUUAUUUUUGGCUGCUCGUGAAGGAAGUUAUGAAGCCGCUAAAGUUCUCCUUGAUCACUAUGCAAAUCGGGAAAUCACAGAUCAUAUGGAUCGUCUCCCACGAGACAUAGCACAAGAGAGACUACACCACGAUAUUGUUCAGCUCUUGGAAGAACAUAACACAGUUAGGGGUUCCCAAGGGCCUCUUGGGGGACACACCAUGUCACCACUUCUUUGCCCUCCAAAUGGAUACAUGGGAAACAUCAAGCAGACCCCCCAAGGCAAGAAAAGUCGCAGGGCAGGAGCUAAAACUGGUGGAGCUAGUCUAACCCGGGGAGAUGCUAAGGAUGCAAAAAAUAGAAACAAGAAGCUGUCACUCGACUGUCCCCCUGGAAAUGGGGGUUUGAUGGAGAGCUCAGUUACCCUAUCACCUGUUGACUCCCUGGAUUCACCACGUGCUUAUAGUGCCAACCCUGGUUCCCCAGCUAUGUCUGCCCCUGGCACAUUUCACCUUGGCUCCCUAUCUGUGCCCUCCACCCCACUUGUGAAUGGGCUUAUGGAGGGGCCCUUUGCCGUUUCCCUGGCACAUCUUAAUGAUAUUGGGGAGUCCCAAGGCAACACAGUUUUGGCACUUCAAGGAAGAGUUCCACUGCAGCGGGCACCAAGCUGUGUGGUGAAUGGGUUGAGUCUUGGUAUGGUGAAUCCAAAUCUGCCGUUUGCCUGGCAAAACCAGCUAGCAUCGUCACAUUCACAACGCAAUAUAAUGGCAGGAGCUCCAGUUGGGUCUGUUCCCAACUUGCACCAGCUUCAUGCCCAACAAGUGCUAAUGUUGCACAACCAGAUGGCUAUGCAGAGCCCUGUGAAGAUGUCUAUGGAGCAGCAGUGCCAGAUGGGUUCUGCAGCCACCAAUGCUGCUCAUAUGCGGCAACAGAGCAUGCCACAUGUGACCGAGCGAUCUGCUCAGUCUCUGGCCCCUGCUGAAGGCAACUACUUUAAGCAGCAAGUUGUAACAAGUGAAGGCACCAUCCAGACCUCUCCUGCUGUUCCUGCACCUCCACAACAAACCUUCGCUCCCUCUCAAGAGGACACCCCUAAACACUACUUGCAUGUUCCAAAUGAACAUCCUUACCUUACCCCCUCUCCAGAAUCCCCAGAGCAGUGGUCCAGCCCAUCCCCUCGCUCUGUGUCGGAGUGGUCAGAUGCCACCCCUAGUCCUGUUGUUGUGGGGGGUGCACAUGGGCAAUCAAACCAUAUGCCUGAGCAGUCCAGCAAUAUGCAAGUCUUUGCCUAAGCUGCUUAUCCUUUCUUUUCCUUUUUCUAAUACACUCAACCCAAUUAUUUUAUUUUUCUUCUAAUCCGAUCAACACGGUUUUCUUGCUUGUUACUAAACAUCCCUACUCUUCUUUGUCCCCCACCCCCCCCUUUUCCUGUAUCUUCACUUCUCCCUAGUGUAUUAGGGUUCCUAACCAGAACUUUUAAACCUGACCUUAGAACUCUAAAAAUGAAGUCUCAACAGAGUAUAUAAGAAUGUGUUUUUUUUAUGACGGGACCAUGAAGAAAACCUUUAUCUACAUCUGGACCAUUUUUAACACUUUCCAAGGACCAUCUUCUUUAAUGAUAGAAUGAUAGCUUGCCAUGUUUCAUUACAAAAAGAAGAAACUUUUUUUUUAUUUUAUUUUUUUUUAACCACAAAUAUUGUAUUAUAUACAAACAAAUGAUGAUAAAUGUUGCAUUUGAAGGGGGUGGAUAUCCACCACCUUAAGCUAAUGUCACUGCCCUGUGCUGCUCCAAUAGUGGAAUGGACUUAAGAUGUAUUUUUAUAUAUAUAUGGAUAAAGACUUGUGCCUCUGUUUUUAUUUUAUUUUUUAUUUUUAAUUCCACCCCCCCUUGUUCUUUGCAACAAAACUUAAAUAUCUGUGUCAGAGUCGGUACGAAAUUUAGAAUUUAAAUGUCACAUUGUAGGAAAUUAAUGUAAAGGUUCCGCCGCAUUUUUGAAGGCUCAUCAAUUACAUUUUAAAUGGCAGAUUCCUGUAGAGCGUAUUUGUUUUCAAC